CUCCUUCCUGUUGGUUUAUUCAGCGUGAACCAAUCGUAAACAUAAAAAUAUUCCCCUUUUCACAUUGUUUCAGUCUAAAUUUUGAUUGGUUUACGAAAUAAAUUUUAAUAUUUAACCAGAACCAAUUCUACGCUGCUGAGUUUUGUUUAUCUAAUAUCACUUCUCUGUUUUCCACAAGACUGAUUCCAUCUUUAAUUCUAUCUGUUAAGUACAGCUCAACAUUAUUUAUCUUACUGUUGCAGUUGAUUGAGUAAACAAUGCUUCAUCGUUAUCUGCUGGCGUUUAUCUACUUCAUAUUCUUCAUAUCUAUUCAUCAUAUCAAUGCUAAUGAUGACAACUUUGUAUCCUCCUUUAAAGAAAUGCCCAGCAGACUGUCUCCAGCACUGAGAAAUCAUAUGAUGAUGAAACGUAAUUACUUAUGGGAUGCACGUUUGGGUAAGCGUUCAAUGAUUACUAUCAAUCGUGAUUCAUUACCAUGGUAUAAAUCUAUGCGUGAUCCAUAUCACAAUGAUGAUAAUUAUCUCCGAGGUUAUCCUGGUCACGAUGACUGACUCACUGACUAACUGACUGAUUGACAAAGAAAAAGCCGAAAAACACAAAGAUGACAUCUCUGAUAGACCUCAACAUUGAAUAUUUUCAGUUUUUAUUUUGAUGUAUUGUAUUUUGUCUUUCUGUUCACAUGGCAACAUGUAAGAACCUAACAAUAUCUAUAGUUUAAACAUAUGAAACCAAUAAUUAUAAUAAUAAUAAUAAUAAUAAAAAGUGCUAUAAUUCCAUCUGUUUUAAAUAUUUCUAUAAAAUGUAACUGCAAAUGACAGUGGCGAUCGAUCUUUGCUUGUCUGCUUCUGUGUACGCUAUAAGUUCAUCCGAGUUCUUAAGAGAAAUUUGCGAUGUUCAUUUCAACGAAAACAUCAGC